AUGGCGUCUAGUCACUGCACCACCUCGAUAUCUAGUCACUGCACCACUGCGAUAUCUAGUCACUACAACACCAUAGCGUCUAUUCACUGCACCACCGAGAUGUCUAGUCACUACACCACCGAGAUGUCUAGUCAUUACACCACCGAGAUGUCUAGUCAUUACACCACCGCGAUAUCUAGUCACUGCACCACCGCGAUGCCUAGUCACUGCACCACCGCGAUAUCUAGUCACUGCACCACCGCGAUGCCUAGUCACUGCACCACCGCGAUGCCUAGUCACUGCACCACCGCGAUAUCUAGUCACUACAACACCAUAGCGUCUAUUUACUGCACCACCGAGAUGUCUAGUCACUACACCACCGAGAUGUCUAGUCAUUACACCACCGAGAUGUCUAGUCAUUACACCGCCGAGAUGUCUAGUCAUUACACCGCCGAGAUAUCUAGUCACUACACCACCGAGAUGUCUAGUCAUUACACCACCGAGAUGUGUAGUCACUACACCACCGCGAUGUCUAGUCAUCACACCACCGAGAUGUCUAGUCAACACACCACCGAGAUGUCUAGUCAACACACCACCGAGAUGUCUAGUCAUUACACCACCGAGAUGUGUAGUCACUACACCACCGCGAUGUCUAGUCAUCACACCACCGAGAUGUCUAGUCAACACACCACCGAGAUGUCUAGUCAUCACACCACCGAGAUGUCUAGUCAUUACACCACCGCGAUGUCUAGUCACUGCAUCACCGAGAUACCUCGAGUCCCACCCUCCCCCCCCCCCCACCCACUCCCCAAAUGA